AUGGCCUUCCUCGACGUUGCCAUGCGAGAACAACGCACACAAAGUCCUGUCUACGACUUUCGAGACGAAGAACGCACAUCUGCUUCCCAGUUUCCACCUGUACCACAUUUCUCUGACGAGGAUGUUCCUCCUGCACCCCUCGACCAUUCGAGUCCUCGUUAUGAGAUCGGCAUACGGAUAGAGCCUGUCGCGCUCGUUACGCAAGAAUGCAUCACGCUCACUUCAGCCAUGCGCAAGCACGCCCGUUGGGCUCAGAGCUCAGUCUCUGCAAUUCUGGGAGGCAGUGUCCAACCCACUUCUCUACAGGUCCCCGAACAGACCGUACCACGUCCCAAUAGCUCGAGAGGAAGUACGCCUAGGAUUGACCCGGUCGGCGGAAAGAGCACCAUAGGCCCAACUGUCUCAGAUGACGAGUCAACGCUUGCCAGCAGAUGGGGUCUCAGGACGAAGAAAGUGAAACCUGUUCAGGACAAUCCGCUGCUCUCAGCUUUUGCAAAGCUCAGACGGGAUCUAGCUAAUUGUCGCGAUGUCUCCAAGUUCGACGCUCCCGCUCUGCUGCAUCCUUUUCUUCAGGUCAUUCGCAGCUCCUCUACCAGUGCCACAAUCACUAGUCUGGCUGUAAUGUCCAUUACCAAGUUUCUCAACUACAAUCUGAUCACCAUUCACAGUCCGCGAAUAGCCCCUGCUAUGCAUUUGCUGAGUGCUGCCAUCACACACUGCCGUUUCGAAGCUAGUGAUACAGCAGCUGAUGAGGUUGUGCUGCUAAGAAUACUGCGUCUGAUGGAGCUGGCCAUAUCACGACCAGAGGGAUUACUUCUUGGUGACGAGAGUGUCUGUGAGAUGAUGAGCACCGGCCUAAGCAUGUGUUGUCAGACUCGAUUAUCCGAAGUCUUGAGGAGAAGUGCAGAAAUGGCAAUGGUAACCAUGUGCCAGAUUGUCUUUGGGCGGCUUGCUGAGCUGAAGAUCGAGGACCCGCCCGUACAGCCUUCUGGUCGAAGUCGCUCGAAUACGACAAGAUCAAUGGUACCACCGGUGGACGAGAUGAAAAUUCAGCCGCCUUUGAUGGGAAGUGUUAUGGGCAAUGGCCGGGAGCCGCGACCAAGCACUGACAACCGUGCAAGCUACGAAUCAAACCAGGAGAUUUCCGGUGGUGAGGGCCAAGCAUCAGCUGAGAAGGAUGCUCCUCGUCAAGCUCAAAUUGAAGAGGACGACGAGUCUACACCCUACGCUCUACCUAGCAUUCGGGAAUUGUUCAGAGUUCUGAUAGACUUGCUCGAUCCUCACAAUAGGCAGCAUACCAAUGCCAUGCGAAUAAUGGCUCUACGCAUUCUUGAUGUUGCCCUGGAGGUUGCUGGUCCCUUCAUUGCCGCACAGCCGACCCUGGCCGUUCUUGUUGAGGACGAUCUUUGUCGCCACCUUUUCCAACUUGUUCGCUCUGAGGAUAUGGUACUUCUGAACAGCUCUUUGAGAGUGGCCGGCACGCUCUUGACGACGUGUCGUAAAUUGCUCAAGCUCCAGCAAGAGCUCUAUCUAUCUUACCUCAUAGCGUGCCUGCACAUCAAAGUCGAAAUACCUUUGGAGCCGGGCAUCGACUCUGCACUGUAUGAAGGCGUGCCACAAGCACCAAAAUUAGUCAAACCGGCACCCUCGCAGCCGAGUAGUGGCCGCGCCACCCCAGUGCCUGUGAAAGACCGCCGACAAUUAGGUCUCGAAGGUGGGCAACGCCGACCAGAAGCUCGGGAGGCUAUGGUUGAAGCCAUUGGUACUCUAAUAAGGAUGCCAGUUUUCAUGGCAGAGUUGUUUGUUAAUUACGACUGUGACGUCGACAGGCAGGAUCUGUGCGAAGACAUGGUUGGCUUACUUGCUCGAAACGCCUUUCCUGAUGCCGCAACUUGGAGCACAACCAACGUUCCACCCUUGUGCUUAGAUUCUCUGCUCACAUUCAUCCAGUUCCUAACAGAUGGAAUAAGCCAAGCACAACCCGAAGAUGCAGCAGAGAGGAUAGCUCAAUUACGAAGACAAAGGCGACGUAAGAAGAUCAUUAAGAGUGGCUCGACCAAGUUCAACGACAACCCAAAAGGUGGCGUUGCAUUCCUGGUCAGUAAUGGAAUCAUAGACAAUCCCGAUGACCCUGUACAACUAGCAAAAUUUCUCAAAAGCACGACACAUCUAUCCAAAAAAGUUCUUGGAGAUUUCAUAACCAAAAAGACGAACGAGGAACUGCUGAAAGCGUUUAUUGGUUUGUUUGACUUUGAUGGAAAACGUAUAGACGAAGCACUACGAGAGCUUCUCACUUCCUUCCGACUACCUGGUGAAUCGGCACUUAUAGAACGUAUAGUGAACGUCUUUGUCGAGAAGUUCCUGAACAGCUCUAUUUCAGACAGCAUUGCCGAUCAGGAUGCUGGAUUUGUCCUGACUUACGCCAUAAUAAUGCUCAAUACUGAUCUGUAUAAUCCUAAUGUGAAGAAAUCGCAAAAAAGAAUGACGGUGGAGGAUUUUGCACGAAACCUUCGUGGCGUGAAUGCAGGCAAAGAUUUCGACCAGGACUAUCUGCAAGACAUUUAUGACGCCAUUAACCAGAACGAAAUUAUCCUUCCUGAGGAGCACGAUAACAAAAACGCCUUCGAUCAUGCUUGGAAGACAAUGCUGCUCAAUACCCAGAACGCUGGACAGCUUGAGUUGUGCAACACUAACGCUUUCGACGCCGAGAUGUUCAGCGCAACAUGGAAACCUAUUGUCGCUACGUUGUGUUACGUUUUCAUGUCUGCAACUGACGAUGCUGUGUACUCGCGAGUCGUCUCAGGUUUUGACCAAUGUGCUCAGCUUGCUGCGAAGUACGGCGCAACAGAAGCAUUUGAUAGGAUCAUCUACAGUCUGAGCCAGAUCAGCGGCCUUGCCACCGAGAUACCGCUGAGCACAUCACUAAAUACAGAAGUCCAAGUUGGCAAAAAGAAGGUAAUGGUCAGUGAAUUGGCUGUACGGCUGGGUCGCGAUUAUCGGGCGCAAUUGUCGACCAUAGUGCUGCUUCGAUCGUUGCAGGGCUUCGAGAUUGCGGUUGGCGAGACAUGGGUGUACGUCGUACGCAUUUUGCGGAAUCUCUUCGUGAAUGCGCUCAUUACAAUGCCUGUACAGUCCGACAACAAGCUUUCCGAUUUAGGUCCUAUACCAUUACAGCCUCCGGCUAAAGUGAUCGAUAAAGAUGGCAAGCUUGCCGAAACUGGAAUUUUCUCGACCUUCACAUCAUAUUUGUCUAGCUAUGCAGCAGAUGAACCGCCUGAACCAUCAGAAGAAGAGCUGGAGAACACACUCAGUAGUGUUGACUGUGUUGCAGCUUGCAGAGUCGAGGACUUAUUGACCAAUCUGCUUACUCUACCAAGUGAGCAACUCGAAAAGCUGGUUAAUGCCCUGCUUUCCGAGAUGCCUGAUGCCCCUUCACCUGUGGUUGUUGUCAAGCCUGAUGUUCGACCAGCUCCUGUCACGGCACGAGUCAAUGGUACUAGGACUGCCAAGCAUGGACCGGAUUACGACGCCGGAGCUGUGUUUCUCCUGGAAUUGGCAACACGGCUUGUCCUACGAGAUAAUGAUACCAUCGCGACUGCUGGCGAAGCACUAACUAAUGCUUUGCAAUCUGCUGUACGUAAUGCGUCCAAUAUCCAUCCACUAGCUGCAUCACGGAUUGUACAAUACCUGCUUGAACUUCUGCGGCAUAGCUUCGAGCACGACUUCAUGAGAGCCCCUGUAGUGCUUCAUGCCAUCUCCAGUUUUAAUGAUAUGCUACUUGAUCAGACAGCCACAGCUGUGGUGAAAGGGUUAACACUGUGUGUUGGACAGCCAGGUCCUUUGCGUGCCGACGCCAUCGCAUCUCCUGACUUCUGGUCUAUCCUCCAACGACUUCAUCAGCACAAGACAGAAGCAGAUAAUGUUCUCGCUAUACUGGAGAAGCUUACGGAAGAUUCAUCGCCUACUCAGUCAAGCUCGCCAACAUUCAGAGGCAUUACACCUGACUCGUAUACUCCUGCUCUUACACUUGCUACCUCCUUUGCCACAGCCGCCUCUAUGCCUGGCUCAAUCAUCGAACAACGUCGCGAUCUGGCUCAUAGACGUGGCCAGAAGCCCAGACCACCUAGACCCGAAGAUGCAGCGAUUGUUCAACGUGCGCUGAAGGCCAUUACUGUCUUGUAUGCACUGGGUGGCCUGGCACCGCAAUUGAUUAAGCAGAGCGCUUUGGAACGUGGUGAAGCGUGGAAAGAGUAUUGGGGCGCCAUAUUCAGAGGACUCGCGGGUGUUGACGGAAUCGCUAUGAGUGCCUGUCGUGAAGUCAGAAACCGUGGUGUUUCCGUACUGCUACGAAUAUUGCUCUCCGACGACCUAGUGCAGCCCGAAGAUCUAAACACCUCGGAACAGGUUGAAAGCGAUGAGGUCGAAGAUGAUGACAAGUCAAAAAGCACUACACAGCAAGUCAACAACGAAUGGACAGCAAUCUUCAGCGAAGUCCUCUUUCCACUUGUUGCUCGUCUGCUCAAACCCGAAGUUCACAAGGCCGACCCAGUCGGCAUGGGCGAAACACGAGUAGUAAUGGUCACAGUCCUCUGCAAAGCCUUCUUGAAAUACUUCGACCAACUAGCGAAAAUACCAAGCCGGACCAUUGAGUCAGCUCCUUCUACACAAGAUGGACCAGACACAACAGACGAGAAACCCUCGGCCCAACAGUCAAGAACAAAGCAGGAAUUCGUACUCGUCAGAGCAUGGGCAGGAACGCUAGAACUCCUAGACCGCCUCAUGAACGCCAGUGUCGGCACCAAGGAAGGCGAAGCACUCGAAGAAGCUGUCGCCGAAGGCGUGAAGAACGUCCUACUUGUCCUCGGCGAUGCGGGGCUGCUUGUGCGAGCUGGUGAUUCGAAUUUGAAAGUGCAUGAUGAUGAGGACGAGAUGCAGGCUCAACUGUGGAGGGAGACGAAGCACCGGGUCGAGGUCCUUUUGCCAGGGUUGAUGGAGGAGAUAUUUCCUGAACCGAAGGCGUCGUCGAUGCCCCUGCCCGCGUCUGCGCCUGUUCCUGAUGGAGCUGCUGGAGAUGAGAAAGGGACGAUGGCGUGA